AUGGCUCCAGCAACAAAGAAGACUGAAAAAUCCGACAAGCAAAAGGAAACCAAGAAGCCAAAGGCAACAAAGACCACAAAGGCUGACAAGGCAGAAGGUGAAGCUGAUGACGAUAAGAAGAAGAAGAAAUCCAGACAUGAAUCCUACAGCUCUUACAUUUACAAGGUUUUGAGACAAGUCCACAGCGAUAUUGGUAUCUCAACCAAGGCAAUGUCCAUCAUGAACUCCUUCAUUCAAGACAUCUUUGAAAGAAUUGCCAACGAAGCUGCUCAAUUGUGUAGAGUCAACGGAACCAAGACCUUGUCAUCAAGAGAGAUCCAAACUGCAGUCAGAUUGAUUCUCCCUGGUGAAUUGGCCAAACACGCCGUGUCUGAAGGUACCAAGGCUGUUACUAAGUACCAACAAUCCUCAGGUAAGCCAUUGACCAAGAAGAGAGAGAAGAAGGAAAAGAAAGAAAAGACUGCUGAGAAGAGCAAGGAAUAA